AUGGCGACUGAACCUUGGCAAGAUGUGGUAUCAAAGAAGCAGCUUGAGGUUGUUUCAAUGAUACCAGAUGCUUGGCGUCUUCCAGAAUCCAUGCUCAAGAGUGCUCAAACUCCUGGUGCGAAUGUGCUUGAGAUCCCAGCCGACUCAGGAAUUCUCUCAGCGAAACAGCUGAUUAUCACCGAGUCAUAUGACGCAACCGAUCUACUCGGCAAGAUAGAGCAGAAGGAGCUGUCUGCCUACGAGGUCACCGAGGCAUUUUGCAAACGCGCCGCACUUGCACAACAAGUCACCUAUUGUCUUACCGAGGUCUUCUUCGAGAAGGCUUUGGAACGUGCCAAAGAGUUGGAUGAGAUACUAUUGAAAACAGGACAACGAGUCGGACCUCUACACGGACUGCCAGUUAGCCUCAAGGAGUGCUUCAAUGUUGAGGGUGUUCCAUCCUCACUUGGAUUCACAUCCUUUAUCAAGAAUGGCCCAGUCAAGACCAACUCCGCUGUCGUUAAGAUCCUGCUUAAGUUGGGUGCAAUCCCAUACGUCAAGACAAACAUUCCUCAAACAAUGAUGGCUGCGGAAUCGCACAACAAUGUUUUCGGUCGAACGCUCAAUCCCCAUCGAACCAACCUGACCGCUGGAGGCUCAUCCGGAGGAGAAGGUGCACUGAUCGCAAUGAGAGGCUCAGUUUUGGGUGUCGGGACAGACAUUGCAGGAUCGAUCCGAAUCCCCGCGCUUUGCAAUGGGACAUUCGGGUUCAAGCCUUCCGUGGAUCGAAUCCCCUACGGUGGACAGACAAGCAGUUCUCGGGGAGGAAUGCUCGGCAUCAAACCCUGUGCCGGGCCAUUGGCAACAUCGGUGAGGGAUUUGGAGAUGUUCAUGCAAGCGGUGAUCCAGACAGACCCUUGGGAGCUGGACUCGGCGGUGAUAUUCUCGCCAUGGCGUACAGUUGCGCCUAAGAAGGUUCUACGACUGGGAUUGAUCGAGGAAGAUCCCCAUCUUCCUCUGCAUCCACCCAUCCAGCGCACACUCACAGAAGCCGUUGACAAGCUCCGUGCUGCAGGACAUGAGGUCAUACCCCUGAACCUCUCCGCGAUCUUCGAUGCAUGCGUACUCGGAUUCCGCAUGUUUGCCAUGGACCCGGCCAAGACGGCAUUAAAGCACAUCAGCGCAAGCGGAGAGCCUGUCAUCCCAGCUCUGGCGACGACGGCCCUUCCCCAGGAUUACAUGCCGCUCGACUACGCGCCCUUGACACUGGAAGCACUGUACGACCUGAAUGAGCAGCGUACCAAGAUCAAGGAGCUGUUCCGCUCUUUGUUCGUGCAAGAAAAGCUGGACGCUGUUAUCUCGGCCGGCUACCAAAGCACUGCCGUCCCACAUGACACAUAUGGUAUGCCUGCUUACACCACUAUCUGGAAUGUGACAGAUUACCCAAGCUGUGUGAUCCCCCAUGGUAAAGCCGAUAAGAAAGCCGACGGGAGCUUCAUCCGCGACGUCAAUUAUGUGCCUUCAUACGCUAUUGAGGGAGCCCCGUGCAGCGUGCAGCUAGGCGGCAGGAAUAUGCAGGACGAGGAACUAGUCCAGGUGGCGAAGAUUGUGUCUGAGGUCAUUAAAUCGUGA